UGGCAGUGAAUAGUAGGGUCUGUCGGUGGAUAGUUCCAAACCAAAAAAACCAGAGUCUCCAAGUUCACUCCUUUCUUUGACUCUUCCCGUGAAGAAGUGGACUACUACUGCUACUGCUAUAUUAAGUUUUAGCUCCUACUAUAUACGUGUCUCUCUAAGUUAAAUCUCUCUCUUUGUUCUCUGUGGCCAGUAGGUUUGAGGGAAUUGUCUCAAUCGUAUCAUGGGCUCUAAGCAAAACUCACAAGGCAACAUACCACGAAGGCCAUUAUCUAUAUUUCUCAUUAUUGGUCUAUGCUGUUUCUCUUACAUCAUGGGAGCAUGGCCGAGGAGUGGUUUUGGAAAAGGGGAUGGCAUAGCAUUGGAAAUAGGCAAGCAGACAGAUUGCAACAUUAUAAGCAAACUAGAUUUUGAGCCUCAUCACAAAGUUGUUAAGAUUAGUGAACCUUCUUUACCUAAAGCCAGAGUGUUCAAGCCAUGUGACAUCCGAUACACUGAUUAUACUCCUUGCCAAGAACAAGACCGAGCAAUGAAAUUCCCAAGGGAAAAUAUGAUAUACAGAGAAAGACAUUGCCCUCCAGAAAAGGAAAAAUUGCAGUGUCUUGUCCCAGCACCCAAGGGAUAUAUGACUCCAUUCCCUUGGCCUAAAGGCCGGGACUAUGUCCACUAUGCUAAUGUUCCUUAUAAAAGCCUGACAGUUGAGAAGGCGGUCCAGAAUUGGGUGCAGUUUAAGGGAGAUGUGUUCAAAUUCCCAGGCGGAGGAACAAUGUUUCCUCAAGGCGCAGAUGCAUAUAUUGAUGAACUUGCAUCAGUCAUUCCAAUUGCAGAUGGCACUGUCAGAACAGCACUGGAUACUGGUUGUGGAGUUGCAAGCUGGGGCGCAUACUUGCUGAAAAGAAAUGUGUUGGCUAUGUCCUUUGCACCCAGGGACAAUCAUGAAGCACAGGUACAGUUUGCAUUGGAACGAGGUGUUCCUGCUGUUAUAGGUGUUCUUGGAUCAAUACGACUUCCAUACCCAUCAAGAGCCUUUGAUAUGGCUCAGUGCUCUCGAUGUCUGAUACCAUGGACUUCAAAUAAUGGAUUGUACCUAAAGGAAGUUGAUCGAGUCCUCAGACCUGGUGGAUACUGGAUCUUGUCUGGCCCUCCAAUCAAUUGGAAGACCUACUACAAAACAUGGCAGCGGUCUAAGAAGGAUCUCCAGGCUGAGCAAAGACAGAUCGAAAAGCUAGCUGAACUUCUUUGCUGGGAAAAGAAGUAUGAGAAGGGAGAUAUUGCUAUCUGGAGAAAAAAAGUAAAUGCCAAAUCCUGUCAAAGAAACUCUGUCAAUGUAUGUAAAUCAAAGGAUGUUGAUGAUGUCUGGUACAAGAAAAUGGACACAUGUAUAACUCCUUUCCCUGAGGUAACCGGUAGAGAUGAAGUAGCAGGAGGGAAGUUGAAGAAGUUUCCAGCUAGGCUUUUUGCAGUCCCUCCCCUAAUAGCUAAGGGAUCCGUCGAGGGGUUUACAGCAGAAUCUUACCAAGAGGAUAAUAAACUUUGGAAAAAACGUUUAAUUACCUACAAAAGGAUCAAUAGAUUGAUUGGCACUACAAGAUAUCGGAAUGUGAUGGAUAUGAACACAGGCCUUGGAGGAUUUGCAGCAGCACUUGAAUCACAGAAAUCUUGGGUGAUGAAUGUGGUGCCUACAAUUGCCAAGAACACUUUAGGUGUUGUUUAUGAGAGAGGCCUAAUUGGCAUAUAUCAUGACUGGUGUGAAGGCUUCUCUACUUACCCAAGGACAUAUGAUCUUAUUCAUGCUAGUGGUGUCUUCAGCUUGUAUCAGAACAAGUGCCAAUUGGAAUACAUCCUUCUGGAGAUGGAUCGCAUAUUGCGGCCUGAAGGGACUGUCAUCUUGAGGGAUGAAGUUGAUGUGAUGAACAAGGUUAAGAAAAUUGCUGGAGGCAUGAGAUGGAAUACCAAGUUGAUGGAUCACGAGGAUGGUCCCCUUGUGCCUGAGAAGAUAUUGGUUGCAGUAAAGCAAUAUUGGGUUGGUAGCAGCGGAAACAGCACAUCCAGUGAUGAAUAAAUCAGGUCUUUACUUCUUGGUGAAUGAAAGCAAAGACUGGCACCAAGUCAUGAUUUAAGUUACUUCUGAGUAGAGGGACUCAAAGAGUUCCAAUCCUCAUAGAUGGCAUGUGUAAGUUAUAAAUUUGUGUUAUUGGUGAUAUAGAGGCAAUGGUAGAAAAAAGAUGCGCAAAUAGCAUUUCAAGAAUACUAUUAAUGAUGUUAAGCACGACAUUAAUAAUCAUCAUAUAAUUUUUUUUUUUUUUUGGUCCUUA